UUAGAUCUGUGUCUAUCUACUGAGUGUAGUGGUUUGAUUUGUAUUUCUUAGAAUACAAAUUUUUUUUAAAGUUGGCUUGAUUAAAUCAGCCAGUUUCAAUGAAAUUGUAGAUAAAUAUCGCUAUUAUCUUCUAUUUUAUUUGGAAAACGAGCAUUGUUAUAGAGACAAAAAGGUUCCUCUUAUUCUGAUAUAGCGAAACUAAAUUCUAUUAAGUAUUUUGGAAUAGUUAAUUUUGAGAGACCUUGAGCAUAAAUAUUUAAUAGUUUCCUCACUAUUUCAAACUAUUUGUUUUGUUAGAAUAAAUUAUUUCGAAGACAGCAAAUAUGGAUGGAAUAGAGUAUGAUUAUUCUCGAAGGCCCUCGCAACGUACACUCGUAGAACUUAUGGAUCCAGAGAGUAUCAUAAAAUGCUGCUUCAUCGUUCAUAAAUCAGUGUCAUAUCUGGAUUUAAGCAUUUCUCAUCAUUCGACUCUCAUCAGAAAAAGAGGACUCGAAAGAUGUUUGAAAGGAAUGUUUCGGUCAUUUCCCGAUCUUCUAACAACAACUUUCAUUUGCACUGAAGAACAUCUCAGACGAAUAUUCGCACCAAAGAGAAGACUGUUAUAUUUAUAUCAUUUGGAUCUACCAAAAGGACGAGAAAGAAGUUUGAGAAGAGGGAGACCUCGGGAUCAAAGCUUGAUCGCCUGUAGCAGAAUUUACUUUCUGCGGGCCUACCCUUGCCUGUACAAAAGAAAGUUUUGGCUGUAUAUUCAGGAAGCAGUUAAGCAUUCAAACCGGAAGGUGGAUUUGAUUUUACGUCUUUUGAAGCCAAUGAAAUUUAUCGUUUUAAUAAACCAUUUUUUCACUCUAGUAUACCAGUUUCUGGAGAUUCUGUACUCUAGAUGUACCAAUUCUGAGGUUUUUGUAAAGUUCAUCUCUCAGAUCGAUUUUAGAGAGUGGCUCCUUUAUAAUUCUGGGCGAAGAUAUAUUUUAGAAUCAAUACUUUUCCAUUGCUAUAAAUGUAAAUAUUAUUUAUUGGAGCAAAUGCCGUUCUGUUGUGAUCCAAUUAACAUGUGUAUGAUCACCGGGAAGUUCGAUCUUGUGGCUGUUCUUCUUCGAUAUCGAGAUGCGCCUCGAUUUGCCAUAUUCCCAUGCGAAGAUAUGGCUAUGUAUAUGACUAGACAACCCAGAGCCCGCUUGCUAGAACCAGUUUUUGAAGGAUUAAUAAGUUCCCGAAGACUGUUACUGCUUCUGCAGAUCAUUCGCAGCUUCUUGGAAGGAUCCAGCGUGCGUACAAUAACAGGAGUCACUUAUGCAACAAGGUCUGAAGCAUUGAGACUUGUUUGGAAUUCGAUUCCAGAUUCUUACAUCACCUUCGAUGAGAUGACUAGGAUAUGUGGAAGGAAAUAUGGAAUUACAAAUUUAAGGAAUGCUCAUUAUACAUACAGAAAAGCUGUCUUGUUUGACUCUCCUUUCAUACAACCGAGAUCUUUGAAGCAGUAUUGUCGGACGAUCAUUCGAAGAUUACUCAAUGACAACCACCUGUUACCAGACGGAAUCGAUUGUCUUGGUUUACCUAACGACCUUAAACUAUUCUUAAAACUUCAGUCCUAAUUCUACAGACAUAAGAAUUUAUCUCUUAAAUUAAAGUGUGUAUGCUUAUUCAUCAAUCGUUGCCUUUACCAAAAAAGCUGUCUUGUUUGAUUCUUUCAUAAGCCAAAAUCUUUGAGGCAAUACUGCCGGACAUCCAUCCGAUUAUAACUCAAUGACAUUCAGCUUUUACCAAAAAGAGUUGAUCACCCAAACGACCUUAAACUGUUCUUGAAUUUUCAGUCAUAGUUCUGUAGACAUUCUUCUCAGAAAUUUAGGUUCAUCUGUGUCGACCAGUAUUAUCGCUGCGUUUGAAAAAUAUCUUCGUGUAACAAAU